GUACGCCUACGAUGCGCGCAUUAAAAAAUUCAACCCAACAAAAAUAAUAAAAAUAAAUUACAUUCAACCGGCAUGUCGAACAUUUUGUGAAAAUAAAUUCCGUGAGUUGAAAGGGAUUAACACGUUUAACGAAAUUGAAAUUACAGUAUUGCAACGAACAUGCCACGUGAAAUCGUCACGUUCCAGUUGGGCAAUUAUUCCAACUACAUCGGCACCCACUGGUGGAACAUUCAGGAAGCGGGCUUCAACUACGACCCGAAUGCAGAACCAUCCGAAAUCGACCACGAUGUUUUGUUUCGCGAGGGACAAACAGCCAACCGGCAAACGACUUUUACACCUCGAUUGCUGCUGCUAGAUUUGAAAGGAACCCUCAAGUUUAUGCCCGAGGAUGGGGACCUCUACAGCGACGGGAACAAAGAUGAGAACGAUAUUGUUCAAGCAAUUGGGUGGGAUCCGGUGAAAGUGGAGGUCAUCCGAAAGGAUCCGGUACAGAAAUGUAAAUUUCAAAAGGAUUUGACGGUCGACGGUCAGGAAAUAGCUGAAGAUGAGGAAGAGGAUUACAAUUUGAAGGAUACGGUUGAGGAUUGGAUUGACUUCAGCUAUACUCGAUAUCACCCCCGGAGUAUGAAUAUAGUUCGAGAGUACAGUCACUCGAAUGAGGAAAAUCAGUUUGAUACGAUCACCAAUGGAAUGGAAGUGUGGGAAAAAUUCGAAUUCCAGGACGAGUUUACAGAUAAAAUACGUCAAUACGUAGAGGAGUGUGAUGCAUGUCAAGGUUUUCAGACGAUAUUUGAUUGCAUUGAUGGUUUUGCAGGGAUUGGAGUCAAAACUUUGUUGCACUUACAGGACGAGUAUGGAAAGACAAGCCUUGCAUUUCCCACGAUUCCUCCUCAUGUAGUCAACUAUAAAAAUGCUGACAAUGUCAUGGGUGCCUCCAUAAGGGUUGUUAAUACAGCAUUAGCUGUUUCCAGUUUGAUCGAGUGUUGUUCGCUUUUCGUUCCACUAUCGACCAUGGGUCGCUGUUGGCGUGAUUUGGAUAAACCACGAAAACUACCAUUCACAUCGUACGAAGAAAGUAAUCUGUACCAUACGUCAGCCUUAAUAGCAAGUUUUCUGGAAACUAUAUCUUUGCGAUAUCGAUUAAAAAAUCCAACACCCAGCAAUUAUCUUUCGAGUCUUUGCGGCGAAAUGACGGUAUAUGGUAGAUCCAUGGCUGCUGGUGCAAUGGCAUUGCCAAUACCUAUGAGCACCACCGAAGAUCUGAUUGAUUUUCUAGACAAAGCAGAGGAACCACUUGUUACAUCGCUGACGCCAAAUUGCACAAUUGGAACAAACUACGUCACGCAGUCUAUAUCGAUUCGGGGAAUACCACGAAAUCGUUUGAAAAGACCACCGACAGUCAAAUCCGCUCAACGACAGCAACGAAUGGCCGCCUAUCGAUGUGAUACGAUUAGCGAAAUGGUUCAACUGUACUAUCAGUGUCAGUUUCACGCAAGUAUGGCUCACGUGACUGCUUGCUCGACUCCGAUGAAUGUGCGGCUACCAUUUCCGGUUGAAAUUUUCGACUCUCGAGUUGGAUUCGAUGGUUUUCUGAGUGAAAUUGAUCUUGGAAUCAAACAGAAAAUCAAUUCGGCACCUGUCCUGGCCAGUUUGCAAUCUUCGGGCACUUUAGCAGACACGUUGGAUAGUCUGCAUCGGGAGGUCAAUCGUAUAAAAAUUGCUAAAAUACCUCGUUAUUACGAAAGCGGCCUAGAACGUGAGAAUUAUUUGGAGAACCUCGAACAGUUGAUCUCGUUCAAGGAAAGGUACGAAGACAAUUACGAUAUUUAAUAGAACUUAUUAGCUUCUCUCAAACCAACAAAAACUA